UUGGCACACCAGCGCUCAACAACCGCGCAACGGCCUCCUAGAUCGGCGGGCUCUCCGAACUUUUUGAGCGUCUUUUUCCGAAAUCUAGACAGAAUACAGUGCGUUCGUUCGCAGUGCAACCUAGAGUGCCCCGAGGAACUUACGCAUUCAGCUAUGGAUUAAAAAGCGCUUUACCGGAGUUUCCGUAACAUGAAAUUGUGUACGAUGUCGUCGCACGUCGGAUAUCCGUUCGAUCGCCGCACAGACCCCGUGGAACCCUUGACAAGGCGGUAGAAACUUGGAAAAAUGAUAGAGAAAUCGAGAAGUUACUGUUUACAAAUUCUUAGGAUAACUCUUAGGUUAUACUCUAGAUAAUAUGAAAUAAAAAAGUAGAUAGAUAGUGGUUUAGUAUAGAAAAGUAGGUAAAAGCAAUACACACUUUAAUAAAAUGGCUGUUCAAUCGUACAACUUAAGGAAAUCGUUCAAGAAUUGGGUGAUACAGUUCUCCUGUUUCUAUCUGCUCUUCAGCACCAUCGGUGAGACUUUGGUGGGAUGCGAGCGUCUGAGACAUCACUCCCACUCAGAGGACGUUUACGUAUCUCAGCUUGAGGAAAACCUCGGCUCGAAGAAAAUGUCAAGUUGUCCGAAUUGCGUGUAUCGCAACGGCAUCAAAGAUCAUAAGGUUGAGAGCGACAACCUGAGGUUGGAGGUGAUUAAGAAGCAGAUAUUAUCGAAAUUAGGAUUAAGGGAUAAACCAAAUGUGACGUAUAGUCUUCCACGAGAAGUUGUUCUCGAAACGUUGUACAGAGCGGAGAACAGUGAGUUUUUCAACACUUAUAGAGAUGAGGAUUUUGUUUCUACCACGAGUGCCAGGUCCGAGUCGAAGGAUCAAAUGGAUGUGGACGAUUUUUAUGGAAGGACCUCUGAGAUUAUAUCAUUUGCCGAAGAAGGUUCCAUAGUGAACCAGAACCGGCUUUUGGAAUUCAGGGUGAGCUCGGAAGUGGGACACGCAGGACAGGAGUUCAACGUCCGCAGCGCCACCUUGUGGGUGAAGGCUGAUCUCGUACGAACCAGGGAACACAAAUGUAGGACUCAAAUAUUUGUCUUCAAAAUCAUAUCGCAGUUACCAGAAUCAAUCACACUUAGUUCACAAGACUUCAACAGAGCUAUGUCGGAGCCCAUCACUUUAACUUUAGAAGAAACAAGAAGUGGAUGGCAGAAGCUCAACGUUACCAGCAUAAUCUCAAAAUGGCUAUCGGAGUCGCGAACGGAGAAGCUACAACUGCUAGUAGAUUGCAGUUGUUGUAGCCAUUGGCACGUCCACAUAUUCAAUAGAGAAAUCGACAAAAUAAGUAAUAAGAACCGUCCAUUCCUUGUGAUCCACACGGAUCCAAACUCCGCGAAGAGGGUGAGGAGGAGAGCGAUAGAUUGCUCUGCAGAAAGUGGUAACCAGUGCUGCAAACAGAGGUUUUAUGUCAGCUUCAAGCAGCUAGGUUGGGAAGACUGGGUGAUCGCUCCGCCCGGUUACUACGCCAACUACUGCAGGGGUGACUGCGGCCAUCCUCGAACACCAGAUACCUACAACAAUUUCCACACGCAUGUGAUAGAGGAGGUCAGGAAGACCCACCAUCUUAGCGGCAUGCAACCAUGUUGUGCGCCACUUAAGUUUUCUAGCAUGAGCUUGAUUUACUAUGGACCAAAUUUGGACGUUAUCAAGAGGGACAUGCCAAAAAUGGUGGUUGAUGAGUGCGGUUGUCCGUAGACGUUCGCGCGUUAACGAAAUUAUAGAUAGAUAUCAGUUGCGUUUGCAGAGUCUACUCUGUCCUUUGUUGUUCGGCGAAAAGAUGAUACUGGAAAAUUUGCGGUAACUGGGUAGUCCAUUCCUAAUGUAGAAUAAAUGGCAGGUUUCAAAUGAAAGCUGCUUUUUCAUCUUAGUUUUUUUUUCUGAGUCAAUGUUGUUGUCCUAAAACAUUUGAAAAUGAGACAUAUGUUUCUUCAGAUUGAAUCCAUCAACUGACAAAAAGUUCGAUCGGACACCAUCUCCAAAAAUAACAAAACGAAUUAUUCGUAGUCUCGCAGAACAAUUUAUUGAACUCUAAUACAAUUAUAAUCAAUAGCAAAUACAUCUAAAAUUUGAAUUCAUUAGCAAUUAUUUCGAUUAUGGCUCGUUCUAAUAUAAUAAGAAAUUUUAGAUGAGGGUACUGAUCAAUAAAUGAAUAAAUCCUUUAGUAUUGAUAUUGUUCUAAAUUCGUACUGUAUGAUUAUGAUGAUUCCGUUGAUUUCGAGUGUGAAAUUUUGUCCUAGAAUUUCAGUUAUUUUUCAUUGGAUAUUAAUAUAAUUCUAUGACGAAAUACUAUGAAUCCUUCCUUUAACCCAUUGCGCAAUUAUUAUUUGUUUGGUAACUAACCAAUUCCAUAUAGAGAAAAAUUUUCUUCUUAUUCUUCCUCUUAUAAUAGAACGCAGGGACGCCGCCAGAUAUUUUUGGCAUCUCGGCAAAAUAAAAUUUUGACGCCCUGCUUUCUUAGGUUAUCUUGAUUUUCUUUGAAGGAGCCUCUGUUAUUUCCCUCAGGCAUCUUUUCGAUUUCAUAUAAAAUCAAGUUGUCAAAUUUUACAAAGGACGUCUUAUCGAUUUCAUCAAGAAACAUCCUGCAUUGUUUAAAAGUACGGCGCUCUAUAAGUAUAUAUAAGAAAAGGCGACUUGGUUCAAAGGUAAAUUUUAUACUACCUGUUCGUAUUUUCAUAACUAUAUUUGAAGGCAUCUAAUCGAUUUAAAAUUAGCUCUUGGUAAUUUUAUUUAUUAUUUUACUAGAAAGAGUAGUAUUUUCACUAUGAAAAUAUUUAUGUGUCAAAAAAUAUGUCUUGCUUUAUUAACUGUAUACGCCCCUGAAAUUUUUGGCGCCCCGGCAAAAUGUCCGGUUUGCCGGUCCUGGCAGCGGCCCUGUUAGGACGGAGUCCUGCCCAUUCUGUCAUCCGCCCUCUUGUGACGUUUACGUCCAGCUAUCGUACCAACGUUUUGGAGGCCUACCAACUGGUCGUCUAGUUCCUGAUUUUUGUGUUUUCGCCUUUUUUGAAAUUUGAUCUGGACGCAUUCGAUCUACGUGACCCCACCAAAAGCGGCGCCUUUCUCUCACCCAACUGACAACAUCCUGUACUCCCAACUCUUGCAGAAAAUACGUAUGCGUAUUUUGUCUUUCAGCGUUAUCCCUCUUAUUGUUCGCAAUACUUUAAUUUCAGUGGUUCUCAUUUUUCUCUUGGUUUUUGCUGUCUUCGCUCUAGUUUCAGCGGCGUACGUAUGGGUCUAAGCUGGUCUUGUAUAUUCGUGUCUUACUUUCAGUGGACAUUAUUUUUCUUAUUUUUCCAUAUUACCCAACCAACCUGAUAUUCUUGCGGCUUUUUUCACCAGACUAUUACUCCAUUGGCCAAACAUCUCCCGCUCGAAAUUUCCACACCCAAAUAUCUCAUAUUCAUUACCUGAAGCACAAUGUGUCCAUUAACUACCAGCUUGCAUUUUAUAGGCUUUUUCGAUACUACCAAAGAUUGCGUCUUUUCGCACGAGAUUUCCAUAUUAAGUUUCUGUACUGCCAAGUUGAAUUUGUGUAGUAUGCGCUGUACGUCAUCAUUGUUCAUUCUAAAACCAGGAUUAACUUCAUUUACACUUUCUAUUAUCUGGUUCAUUAGUAUAUUGAAAAGACACGGGCUAAGACUAUCUCCUGGUCUGAUGUCGGAUGUGACUUUGAGUUCUCUUGAAUGGCCACAUUCCGUUCUAAUUCUCGUUUUGUUUUUAGUCUUGAGUUGCCGUACUAGGUUUAUAUUAUUCCUAUCUACACUUUUUUGAUUCAAUUGAUCGAUUACAUCUUCAAAUCUGACUCAAUCAAAUGCUAGCUUCAGGUCUAUAAAACAUGUGCUUAUUAAACUCUAUUGAUUCCUCUAUCAGCUGGCGCAGAAUAAAUAUUGCAUCUAUCGUAGAUCUAUUCGGACGGAAACUUCGCUGCUUUUUGGAAAUGUGUUAUACAUUGAGUUAUUGGGUAUAGCUGACCGAAUUUAUUCGAGAGAAAUACUCUUCAUUUGCAUUCAGCAAUGACGACGUUUCAGCUAUUGGUUGUAGCCUUUCUCAAGUCUAAAAAAAAUAUUUUACUUCCGAUCUUACAAUAAAUGCUAUACAAUUUUAUAUGCUCUUCAAAAACACAAAAAAAUCAUACUUUGGAACACUAUCACAAACAACAGAACACAAGACAGGAGAUUUCUACCUUAGCAGUAAUUUUGUUUGGAAGUAUUUUAGUUAGAAAUUUCAGUACACUGCUAAGUUAUUCCUCUGUAGUUCUUCGGAUUCGAUUUUGGUUUUUUUUCGUAUACAGGUAUCGUUAUGCUAGUUCUCCAUUCUUCAGGUAAAAAUCCAAUAUACUUUAUUCUCUCGUACAGCUUCAUCAGUCCUUUCUCAUUUACUGAGCGUCAAUAUUUGAGCAAUUCCAUUGGGAUAUCGUCCGUACCCGACGAUUUUCGUUUCUCCAAUUUCUUCAGAGCUGUUUAUAGUUCUUCUAAUGUGAUGUGAUACCCUUGUUCACAUGGAGAAGAUGAAUUCUCAGUUUUCAGUUCCUCGUUGUCAGCAUCAUACAGGUGUAUGUUACCCAAGUUUCCUGGUCCUAUAGCAUUUAUCACUACUUCCACGUUGACUGGUUCUUUUCUUCUAGGAAAAAAUAAUAUUAAAAAUAUAUUGGGGCUCAUCACUUUCAAAUUAAGCCAGAUUAUGAUAUCGUCAAAGUUUAUUUCAUUAUAUUAUUAUCUUGUUAGUACCUAUUUGGCCCACAAAUAAUAUAACGGCUUUUUUUUUAAUUUUGAGUGUAUCGGUACUGAAAGAGAGAGCAGCUUUCAUUUCAAAUCAUAUAUGAAAGAAUGUAAUCCUGCAGUUUUCACACAUUUUUGAAUUGGAAAACGUACUAAUAUUCUCGUUAAAGAGGAAAGAAUUGUUGGAUGUACCCCAGAUUAUAUCAUCAAAUCAAAACAAAUACAUUAGUUCGGCCGCACAACAAAUGACGAUAGUUGAUUCUGAAGUGAAAAAAUCGUAUUACGAAUUAUUCGAUAGUUAAAGAAAUUAACUCUAAAUAAUUUAACGAUGUCGUUACCAUUCCAAUUCAGUUCUCAGAAGAUAUGGCGCCAGUGAAAUGACUCAAUAAGUGAAGCAUUAUUUUUGAAAUGGAAAUCCAACGUUUUAUCUGUAGAAAUACUCUAUUACAACAAAAAUACACGAAGGUACAAUUUUACAUAAAUAAAAGUAAGAACACUAAAUUUUGUAAGCAAUAUCCCUAGAUACUGAAUCAGAAUUAACGAAGGAUUUCUCACAAAUAACAAACACUUUCCACAUAUGAAAUAGGGAUAGACAUAUUCUAUUUGGUUUCAAAAAAUAUUUUUGUUUUACUGUUCUAUCCCCAAAUGUCAUAUUCCCUACUGCAAGUAAUCGAAUAGUAUCGAUUCAAUUAGUUCAAGUUGAACUCUGAUUCCGUAUCGAAAAAGAUAUCCUCUGAAAUAUUCACAGAUUUAGAUAGCAGAAAUAAUAUAGUUUCUUUUCAGUUUUCGUAAUUUAUUUCUUGAGAUUGAGGUGUAUUCUUCAAUAGUUUAGUUUUAUAUUAUAAUUUGUAUAGAAAGAGCACUUUAUUGGAGUUUAAGCUUUAUUUUUUUACUCAUAAGACAGACCCCUGUAAUUUUAGUUUAAUAUGUGAGAAAAUUGUAACUAAAAGAAAAAAAAUUCAUCCCAAACUCAUCUUGACUUCAAUCUCAUGAAACUAUUAACAAAUUCUCAAUAGCAGAAAUAGCACAAAAUAAAUAUUUCAGAGUUCAUUUCCCAUUUCAUACAACAUUCCUAUUAUACAUGUGAUGUUUCUUAUGUUUGUGAUAUUUUAUUUACCAAGUUAUUCUGUGAUUUUUAAUGUUAAAUUAUUGGAAAUUGUAAAGAGCACAAGUAUAUACUUGUCGAAUUAUGCUGUAUAUUCGCUAUUUUUUAUCGCUUCCUUUUUCAAUAUUUUUUUGUGGAAGCUGUUAUUGCUAUUUUUCGAUUCAACGAAGAACAAUUUGCCAAGUCGAUUAUUUGUCAAUUAUAUUAUAUACUGUUCGAAUGAAACAGCUUUCACUGAAUUGGUUUGAAAAAAUUUAGACGAAUUUGUGAUUAUAAUUAUACAAGUUGGUGAGGAUAACAGUGAGUACGGUGGAAAACUGAAGAAGUUAGGAAUUAAAUGAACUUUAGGAGUGUAUCGCGUUUACAUUCAGUAUUGAAAAAAGCAAACUUAUUUUUCUAUUUUGAAUUGGUGUAUAUGGAAAUUUUUAUAUAUAGCUCACUGCCUUGAAAUUGUUACAUAGUAUAAAAAUAAUAAUUGACAAUAAGCUUACGGAGAUCAAAAUAACCAAAAGUACCCUUUGUCCAUUUGUCUUGCUCUUACGAAUAUAACGAAAAUAAAGAUAAAUGUAUACUAUAAGUUUGUUGCGCCUAAGGCUAGUCCCUAUAAUAACCUUAGAACAAUAGCUUCAACAUAUGCAAUAUCUUUUUGAGGGAUUUUGGCUGAUAUUUUUUGUCAAGAUUCUCAUAGAACUAUUUAUGACUAAGGCAUGAUGAUGAAUUGAGAAAUAUUUAUUUAUUUAUAUUUGCCCUUUCCCUUUCGACUUAUUGAAUUGAAAAUCAAUGAAAUUCUCAUAGAAAAAGAAACAUUCUUCAAAUUGUCUUUAUCUUCCUCUGAUGGCUUUUAACAUAAUAUCAAUUUUCUUCACCAUUUCUCUCAUAGAGUCUGAUGCUUUUCUGUACAUUUAAUUAUCCAAAAUUAUCGAAAAAUUUCUCUCAUCAAAUGAAUUUCAAUUAAAUAAAUGAUCAGUCAAAAUUCUUCAGAAAAACAAGAAAAUUAUACACAAAAUCAAUUUAAGAAUAUAUUAUAUUAUGCCUCAUUUCAUGAAAUAAUCAAUCAAAUAUUGUUGAUAAGUCUUCUCGAAUAUUAUCAGUAAGCCUAUGCUCAUUUAGUAUAAAAAUUUUCAUUUAUAUUGAACAAGAAUUAUCACAAAUUUCUGAAGAAGAUGACAUUAUAAAAAUUUGGAGAAAAAUACACAUAAAUGAUUGUUUAAUUUUAUAUUCUCCCUCUGAAUAUAAUUGAUUGUAGAUGAUUAAGUAGGUACACAUAUUUCCAAUUAUUUUGGUUGAUUAUUAUGUGUAUUAAAGUCACUCAGACAGAUUCGAUUUUCUGGUAUUCAGCAAUAAUGAAUAAUUCAUAUUUUCAUAAACGAUUGUUGAUAUAUCAUCGAAGAAUUGAUUGGUUUGAAUAAUUCAUUCCUAUGAGUAUUUGGAAAAAACCAUUUGCGAAAAAUAUUUUCUUUCAAAUAAAUACUUUUAUUCCUCUGUUUUCGAAAUAAUAUUUUCUUUCAUUCAUUUAUAUUUUGUGC